CAGUGAGUACAUGCAGUACCUGAGACAGAGUCAACAUGACAUUAUGAAGGAGGAGGAAAGGAGGUAUCGCUUCCUGGCAGAGAAACACUGCGGACUGACACAGUCACUGCUCUUCCUCAUCAACAAGACAGGGGCUUCCCUACAGCAGAAGGCUGAUGGAUGGAAGGAGAAAGUGAACGAGACACGAGGCUCCAGACCCCGUAGCCCCACCCACCCUGACCAGGACGAACAGCUGUGUGGCUCAGUGAGCUCUCUGCUGCAGACAGUAGAUGAGGACAGAGACAUGUCUUGGGCCAGGAGAGAACAGCAGGCCCUGGGGAGAGUGCCCUCUAGAGCCCCGUCCCCCCUCCACAGCCGAUCCCGCUCCUCCUCAGUGGGUGAGUCUCUGGGUCUGGGUGGGGGUAGGGCCAUGAGAGCCCUGGUGUCCCACCCACCCUCCUCCAACCCCAAACUGCUACCCUUCACCCGGGGAGAGAUGGUCACCGUGUUGGUCCAGGAGCCGAGGAAUGGGUGGCUGUAUGGGAGAACGGAAAGCAGCCUACGGUAGGUGAUAGUGGAUAACAGACUAUGGUAGGUGAUAGUGGAUAACAGACUAUGGUAGGUGAUAGUGGAUAGCAGACUAUGGUAGGUGAUAGUGGA